GGGAUGGCGUUGUCCACGUCAAAAUGGCGCAGGUAGAACGUAGGAAGAACCGCAAGAAGCGAGAAAAAGAUGCUGAGCUGGCAGUGGGCGAGAAGCCGACCAAGUUGGAGUACGAUGUGGCUCGCUACCUGAGAGACAAACUGCCCAUCAAGAAGACCACCCUGCUGAGCCACAAAGUCGAGUACUUCAAUGCUGCCAAAGCAGUGGACUGCCUCCUGGAGUCUCCCUGGGCCACAGGGAAGGCCAAGUAUGAACAGCUGUUCACAACGAGGGAGUCCGUGGUGGAGUUCAUGAACACGCUGCUACAGCACAAGUUCUUCCACCGGGCCAAGAAGAUCAUCGUGACAAAACCCAAGAGGAAAAAGGACGACGACGAGACGGGAGGGAGCACACCCAAGCCCACCAAGGAGAAGAAGAAGAAAGACGAAGUGGACGGCUCCAAGGAAGGCACCGAGGAGAAAAAGGAGGUUGAAGAGAUCAAGAAGAAGCUCAAGCUGGACAUGCAUUUGGACCAGUAUUUUGUGGACGCCAACGAGCCAUUCGUGUGGAUAUACGAUCCAGUGCCACUGAGAACAUGGAUCUUCGGGACGUUACUGGUGGUCGGUGCUGUGGCGGUGUGUCUGUUUCCCCUGUGGCCGCGGACGGUGCGGGACUACGUCUACUACCUGAGCAUAGCCACUGCUUUCCUUUUGGGCAUCGUCAUCUCCCUCGCUUUCUUCCGUCAGGUACUUUUCGUCAUCAUCUGGGCAUGCACUCUUGGCCGGCACCACUUCUGGCUGCUGCCAAACCUGACUGAAGACGUGGGCUUCCUCGAGUCCUUCUGGCCCAUCUACCAGUACGAGUACCGAGGCCCAGCCAGCAGCCAAGACAGCAAAGCAAAAGACGGCAAAGCCAAGAAAAAGAAAGAACAUAACGAUGGCAAUGGUGGUGGUGGUAGCAAGGGGGACCAUUCAACGAGCGAGGACUCUGAGGGGAAGCGGUCCUCUGACCAAAAUGGAGGGCAGGGCGACAGCAAUGGCUUCGAGCUCGUCGACGAUCCCGUAGAGGAUGAUGGCGGCAAGGAGAAGCAGUCCUGAUGCGGUGGAAGGCCACCCUGCUGGCUGGGUGGGUUGGAAUAAAAAGGGAGGACGACGUCGGCACAAAAGGCUUGGAUCGCCGCAACAGCAGGCUCACACCAUUUGGUUGGGCAAUGAAAUGCUCCACUCGGCUGCACCAAUGCACACCGUACCGUACAUUCUUGCGUCCCUCUGGACCCUGUGUCAUUUUGAAUUCUGAUAAUGUAAAUUCACUGAAGCAAAGAAAGGAAGCAGUUGUUCUUCCAUGGCAUUACAGGUCUCUGUGAUUGUAACACUGUAAGGUUAAAAAUAUUGCUUUGUUUUGGUUUCUUAUUUCACAACUGCAGGCAGUUUCUAGAAGAGGGCAGUCAAGUCAUUAAGACACCAGAAAAAUAGCACGUAAAUUGUAUCACUCUGGUUUGCAUCAUGUCUAACCGUCGUAACAAAAGAUGGGUUCGUGAGUGUGUUGCAAAGUUCUUGUUGGUUUAGCUUUUGUGGCACAACGACUGUUGCAAGCACGAGCUGCAUCCCUGAUAGACAGUUGCACUACUCAUACUAUGCAGUUUACCAGCAAGCUAUUCUUGGAGUUUUGUCAGUGGCAACUUCGUUGGAUUAUCAAGAGGUCCUAGUCUUUUGCUGAAACAACUUUUUGUUGCACGCAACUGCAGCUUGUAACAAGUUGAUGCCUACAUGACUCGUGUCUCCCGACACAAAGAUGUCAGAGGCGCAUUUCUGUGGUAUACAACAUCUUUACAAAAGCGAUAAACAGUGUACCAAAUGAAGAUUUUUAUUAUCGUUAUGUCAGCUGUUGAUAGAUAGAUAAGUAUAAGCAUUUUGCUGGCUUUUUAAAGAAGCACAUCGCUCUUUAUUUUCAACAACAGCAGCUGAAUCUUCCUCCCAGUAUUCUAUUUGCCACAUAAAGAUUCGUGCCACGACAUGUUAGGUGUUUCGAGGUCACAUAAAUCUGGCAUUUGGUUUCUUCUAGUUCAAUUCUUCUGGCAUAUAUUCUUUUGGCAUGGAUUUAUAGUUGAGUGGAUGACAGUUACAGAUUUCUUGCUGAUUGUACUGGCCUACUGGCCUCCAUUUUUUUCCUUAUUUACACCUUUUUCCUGUUUUCAAACCUGAUUUACUCUUUCUUCAUAGUGUGCACCCUGUAUGUCUGCAUUGAGCACCUUUGUGAAGCACAAAGCAGCAUUUUGUGAGGGUGCGUGCUUGUUUUUGAAGUUGGUGACAUUUGCCCUCUAUGACAAUUACAAUCUCGUCACAAAACAUUUGUUUAGUGUCUGGGUAACGAAAAAUGUUUGCUUGAAGUGCUGCGGUCUUUCUUUUACUUGGGUAUUCUGUUUUCCAGCAACUCAUUUAAGCUACUUCUAGGCUAUAGCUAUUAUUUAUUCUUUUUCUCAGGUGUUCAGUUUGCAUAUUUUGGUUUUUCAUCUUAAAUGCAGGUGUACUUUGUAACAUGUCAUUGCUUGUGAUCAGAAACCAAAAGAGAUAGUAAAUUUGGAUGCCUUUAUCGUUUUCUGCCUGUUAUCACAACGUGAUGCCAUGAGAUUCUCUUCUCGCGUCAUUGCAGAUUCACCACAGCUGCCGCUAUGUUUCCAUCAUGAGUGAGGACGAGCUUGCGCAUUGUACUUACGCUGGCUUCUCUUUGGGUGGGGUUGCACAAAAGCAUUAACAUGUUACCAAAUAAAACACACUGUUUAAGACAUUCCAUGUUUCGCAGUGCCCAAAUCUUCAAGGCCAGGGCUUUUCACCUGCCAAAACGUUUGAAAUUCCAGCAUCUCCGUGGUAUUCACUAUUGAAAUUAGAUAAGCAGUGCUCUCAUCGUUGGAAUCAGUAAUUUAUGACGUCAGCAUUAUUGCUCGCUAGACAUUUAUUGCAGCACUCUGGAAAUUUAGACAGCAUUAGUUUUGCACCGCAUAUUGCAAAAAUGUAGCUUUAUUAUUACAAUAUUACUUCUGCGCUGUGCGACCCAUUGGCUAAGUUCUUACUGUUUUCUCCCUGACUUCUUAAAAGGUGGUUGCGGUUGCUUCGCCAUGCAGGACAGUUUUUUAUUCUUCUGUUGUCCUAUAGUUGCUUUGCUGAAGCGCAGUGGUUCCGACGCGUGAAUUUACGGCAGCUUUCAGGUGUAACAGACUGCAUGUUAUUACAGUUGUUGCUAAUACAGGCAUCGUCAAAGUCAACAUUGUGCGCAGCUGUUGACAGCCCGGUUUAUUGUAGGGCUAGGUUUAACUUCGUUACUGAAAAACAACUGUUGAUUUUUCUUUGCUCGUAAUGCGAUUAGUCGCACUAAGUGAAAGAGCUCGGAAAGCAAAUUUAAACUCAAUAGGAUGUCUCUUUGAGCUCGUUGGUGAAUGUUUUAAAACAUUGUUUGUGUACCCACUAAGGUGGAUACAAAAAGAAGGGACGACUUUCGAAGAGGAGCUUGCUACAGGCAGAUUUGUUCCAGCUCUGUUGUGUUGAAAUGUCGCAGCUUGCAUGACCUCGUCCUGUGCGAUGCAUGUGCGAAAGUUGUACCUACGCUCCAACUCUUUGGAGUGUUAAAUUAGUUGGUCCGGCACCUCGUGCGUGCUGUCAUUUUAUAUUUCUUGACAUGCUGCACACACAAUCAAUCUUCUCACAAACAAUCUUUCACAGGAAAGGACAUUUGUAAGAAUAAAAAAGAUUUUCACUUUCGUGGAGGACGCACGUUUUUGAGGCUCGAGCAGAAUCAUGCACACUGUGUAACAUUGGAGCCGGUCUCUUCACCGCCUCAUUUGCUGCUAUGCACAUGGUUUAUAAUGACUUUAAUAUAAAGCUUUUUGGAUUGUCAUCAGCGAGUAUGUUUUUCAGUGUCAUGUAAAGAUUACUAUUGAAUCACAUAGUAGUUUUCAGCAGGUCAGUGCACAGUACACAAAGGAUCUGAAUAUCUACUGUGCUCUACAGGGGCUGUAUCAUAAAUCUGGCUUCUUUUGUAGAUGUGGGCUCAUUUCGUCCGUGAAUGCCAUGCUUGAUAUCACAUUACGAGCUUUGUUCAGCUCCAUGCAGCUAUUGUGCUUUUGAAAAUGUGUGUUGUGUAGACGGCACUUGGUGAGUUCUUGUUUUGUACCAUCUUACCCCUUUUUUUGUUACCUCGAAGACUAACGAGAAAACUAAUCCCAGUCAGCAUAUUGAGCCUGAUGUUGAUAGCCAUGACUCAAUUGAUAUUCCAGCCGAGUUGUCUACAUCUGGGGGAAAAUAAGUUCUUGGUGGUUGUAUGCAGCGGACCAGGAUUGUCUUGUCAUUUUGAGAUCUCUGUAUUUUGCACUCAUACCAUCUAUCCUUGUUUGAAACUAGGUGUUUUCAAUACUCUCGUCAUUGAUGCAACCAGUAUUUAACACAUUUUUUUCUCAGCCUCUAAAGUUUUGCCGAAAGGCCAGCCCACUGUGUAGUGUGUGCUAGCUGGUGGUGUGCUUUGAAAGAAAAAAAAAAAAAGACUGUGUCGGAAAAGGUCCUUUCGUUUUAUUUAACUUGCUGGGCAUUCUUUUUACACGUUCACCAUGGAAAGUCACUUUUUAAGCCUCGGAGCACUGGCAUUAAGGAGCCAUGACGUGUCGAACGAAAUGUGUACGUGAAUAAAAUGUGUAUAUAUAUAUUCA